GGCAUGAUUAGUUUUGACCACGAGAGAGAGAGAACAUAGAUUCCACCUGGUUGGCCUCUGUAGAGAGAAAACGAAGGCCCAAGGGGGAGAGGGAGAGAGAAAAUUUCUCCUCUUUUGUUUGAAGAAUCGCUGGUUUUUGGGGGCUUCUUCAUCGUUGAUCUUCAGGUGGAGGGGAGAGGAGAAGAGAGGGGACGGACUGAGACGGAUGAUAAUUUGAAUAUCCGAAUCUGUUUUUCCUUUGAUUCCUGUCGCUCUCUUUCUCUCUCCCUGUGAAGUGGUGGUGAAGAAUUUGGGGAUUAGGGUUUCUGCUGGUGGCUCUGGGUAAGCGAAAAUGAACGUGAUGCGUCGGCUCAAAAGCAUUGCUUCGGGUCGGACUUCGAUUUCUUCCGNUCAGGGUGGGGAUUAUGGGCUGAAGAGAGUAAAGGUGGAUCAAGAGAUUGAACAAAUCUGUGGUGAACCGAUGCAGGUUGACCAAAAUGAUACUGACCUAGAGCAGAAUCCAGCCGGUACAUUGCAAGAAAAUGUCGCGGGGACGUCGAAUGAUCCUGCUGCAGCAGAAAAGUCAACCUACGAACAGCUUCCGGAUGCAAUGCAAGAAACGAGAACCAGAGAUGAGCGACAUAAUAACCAUGAUGAGAAGGAUAUGGAAACAACUAUUAUAAAUGGCAGUGGAACAGAAACUGGACAGGUUAUUACUACGACGGUGGGGGGUAGAGAUGGAAAGCCAAAGCAGACAAUCUCUUACAUGGCCCAACGCGUGGUUGGAACCGGCUCAUUUGGAGUUGUCUUUCAGGCAAAGUGCCUAGAAACUGGAGAACAGGUUGCAAUCAAGAAGGUCCUGCAGGAUAAAAGAUACAAAAACAGAGAACUCCAGAUAAUGCGCGUGCUAGACCAUCCUAACGUAGUGCGACUGAGGCACUCAUUCCUUUCAACGACAGAGAAGGAUGAACUGUAUCUCAACCUUGUACUUGAGUAUGUGCCAGAAACUGUAUACCGAGCUUCAAAGCACUAUACCAAAAUGAAUCAACAUAUGCCUAUUAUCUAUGUUCAACUCUACACAUAUCAGAUUUGUCGCGCACUGAACUACUUGCAUCGUGUAGUUGGGGUGUGUCAUCGUGACAUCAAGCCACAAAAUCUACUGGUGAGUCCCCAAACUCAUCAGCUAAAAAUAUGCGAUUUUGGAAGCGCAAAGAUGUUGGUGCCAGGCGAACCCAACAUAUCAUAUAUAUGCUCUCGGUACUAUAGAGCCCCUGAACUUAUAUUUGGAGCAACAGAGUAUACAAAUGCCAUUGACACGUGGUCUGUUGGUUGCGUUAUGGCAGAGCUUUUACUUGGCCAACCACUGUUUCCCGGAGAAAGUGGAAUCGAUCAGCUGGUGGAGAUAAUCAAGAUUCUUGGAACGCCUACCAGAGAAGAAAUACGGUGCAUGAACCCAAAUUACACCGAAUUCAAGUUUCCCCAAAUUAAGGCCCACCCAUGGCACAAGAUUUUCCAUAAGAGAAUGCCUCCUGAAGCUGUGGAUCUGGUCUCAAGAUUCCUCCAAUAUUCACCAAACCUUAGAUGCACUGCUUUGGAAGCAUGUGCUCAUCCCUUCUUUGACGACCUACGAGAUCCGAACGCCUCUUUGCCAAAUGGGCGAGCACUGCCUUCAUUGUUCAACUUUACCACCCAAGAACUGGCAGGUGCAUCUGCAGAGUUGCGACAACGUCUCGUACCGUUACAUGCCGUGGAAUAAUGAAAGAAGAAAACCAGACAACAGAAAGGGACUGAUGAUACUGUCCUACAUUCACAUUCGAAAUAGUAGCUCUCUAGUGUUUGAUAGUGUUUCCACUUGUUGUGAGAUCUGUCUCCGCUUAGGCUGUGUUCAUCAAUCAAUUUUGGAACAACGGUGCUUUCUUGGCUGCUUCCUGUCCUCAAGCUUGCUGGAGGAGAGGCCCUAAACCCUUUUCUGAAGCCCAAAACAGAGGAAGAAAUGGUAGGGAAAACAAAUAAAGAUAUUGAUGGGUUUUUUUUCUUUCUUCCGGAUGGUUUCCCUUAAAUGUGUUGUGUAAUGUAGCAUGUCGAUGUUUGUAAUGCCUGGUGAUCUCAUGUACACUUGAGUCUGCCAGUUGUUUUUUUCCUUUUAAAAGGACUCUUUUCUCUCACGUUUGCACUUCACUUCA